AUGCUUGAUCUAAAUAUUCUCAUUAAUACAUCAAAAUUACCGUCCAAUGUACUGACACUACGUAAUGAUGAUUUUCUUAAUUUUGUUCGACAAGAAGCCGGUGAAGAUGUUGCUGAUUUGCUUGAAGCACAAAGUAUUAACUGCACUAAAUCAUUACUUAUGACAUCAGAUGUUUUCUCUGUUAUGAAUAUCAAAAGUAAAAGUUUAGAUGCUCUUAAAAAGAAAAUUGGUUAUUUGCAAGAUGAUGAUACAUAUGUUGUCAAGCCAGGUGUAAGAGGCAAUGUGGAUUAUCUUAUUGAUUUGCUUCAACGUAAAUGUAUUGAAGAUGCAAAAUUAUCAAAGUCUUCAAAACACGUUCAAUCAUCAUCUGCAGCAUUAUCUUUAAAUAGAACAACAGAAGAACAAUCAACAACAACAACAAUAUCUAAUGUUUUAUUGAAUAAUUCAUCAGAUACCUCAACAAUUCCAAGAUUAUAUUUAUCAAAUGAUGAACAUAAUAAAUAUAUUAUUGAUGCAAUAAAUUCCUGGUGUGAAAAUAAUAAAUCAAUAUUUAAUUUAAAAGAUUUUACUUUAAUUGAAGGACAGCAUUUUUUUAUCUCUAUCUUGAAUCGACCAGAUGAUACAAUUGGUAAAAUAAAAUGCUGUUGUGGUAAAAUAAUAUCAUUAGCUCUCAGACGUGGAAAAUAUCAAAUUGCUAUCGUCACUUUCAAGGUUCAUGAAGUGCUAUCAGUACCACAUGAAAUAAAUAAUCAACAAUCAUCCUCAAUUUCAAAUGCAUCAUCAGAUCAGGCAUCAUCAUCUCCAUCAUUAACAUCAAUAUUAUCAUCAAGUUGUGCACCAUCGACUGCUGAACCAAUUACAAUACCAUCUAUAUUGACAAGUACUUUGUCAUCAUCUAUUACAAUAUCAUCACAUGAUUGUGAUUUACGUAAAGAACAACCAACAACAUUAUCCACAAUGAAGAAGCUGAAAAGAAAUAUUUACACUGAUGAAUCAUCAAUUGAUACAAGAAAAAAAGGAAAAAAAAUGAGAAGAUAA